AUGGUUCCCAGUGUGUAUGGUGUGUCCCUGGCUGUGGUGUUGCUGACCCUGGUGUCUCCUGGUGGUGCCUGCCCUCUGCCCUGCUCUUGCUACCAGCCCACUGAACUACACUGCACCUUCAGAUCUCUGGUUAACAUACCACAGCCCCUACCGCAACACACACUACACAUCAACCUGGGGUUCAACAGUAUCAGCAGGAUCCCAGACAACUCAUUGGCCGGUCUGAGGAGGCUGGCGCUGCUGAUGCUUCAUGGGAAUGACAUCCAUGAGAUUCCCGACGGAGCUUUCCAAGAUCUGUCUUCCCUUCAGGUCCUGAAGCUGAGCUAUAACAAGCUGAGGGAGAUCUCAGCAAAGAGCUUCUCAGGUCUGUCCUCUCUACAGCGCCUCCACCUGGAUCACAACUGGCUGCAGUCCCUCCACCCCCAGGCCCUGCUCCGCCUCCCCAACCUCAGACUGAUCCGACUGCAGGGGAACCGGCUCCACCAGCUGCACCCGCAGGCCUUCUGCACUCUGUCCCUACUGCAGACAUUCUGCUACUCCACCCUCAGGCAUCUGGACGUGUCCAACAACAGUCUGACUAACCUGCCCAGAGACAUACUGAGGACCGCCCCUCUUCUGGAGUCCCUAGCUCUGCAGGCCAACCCCUGGACCUGCGACUGCAGCAUGGCUUGGCUGCAGGCCUGGAGCAUCUCUCACCCAGGGAUGUUGAAAUGUCCGGGGCCACAGUGCCUGGUCUGUGCCUCACCCAAUCACCUGAAGGGACGUGGUCUUUUGCAGCAGAAAGACUUAUCCUGCUCCUCGCCUGUAAUUGCCACCAAUCCCAGAGCCUCAUCUCAGGAGGAUGGCGGAAUUCAGUCAAUAGAAACUUUUAGAGAGGCUUUAGGUCACGCCUCCUUGGGGAUGUCCGACCAACAGGGGAAUGCCGUUGAUCUGAAGUGUAACAUCACACACUCCUCACAGACUCCUGACAUUACCCCACCACAACUUUCCUCCUCCUCCACCCCCCUCUCCCUCUCUCUUUCCCUUUCCCUGGUCUGUGGGGUGGAUGGGCACAGCUAUGAGAGGCUGUGGAGGCUGAUGGCCUACUACAGUGAGACACCUGCCAGGCUUCAGAGAGAAAUCAUGUUGAGUAAAGCCCCAACACUUGCCUACAGGUACAGACAGAGAGCAGAGAGAGAGGGCUACUACCAUACAGGGGUCAGGGCCAGUGUCCAAGCCCAUCCUGCCUGGUUACUGCAGCCCCAUGUUAGUCUCCAGUUCAACAGAGCUCUGUCCAGCACCCACAGGGUUACACUGACCCUGUCCACCCUGGUGUCUGCCCCCCCAGACCCCCAGACCCCCCACCCCUGGGUCCUCAUCCAGACCAACCACACCCACACAGCUUUUACAGCAGCCACAGACAGCCAGAUCCACCUGCCCUGUCCUGUCCUUAGCUCUACUGAGGACCUAAGCUCUGGAGACCCCAGGCUCCAAUGGGUGUUUCCAGAUGGUUUAACAGUCUCCUUCCCAUACCACAGCUCAGAUGGUAGGGUCCGGGUGUCUGGCCAAGGGCUAAUCCUGCAGAGAGUGGAUCACUCUGAUGCUGGACUGUACUACUGCGUGGCCCGGGCGGGCGGAAAUGUCGAUGUUCUCCCCCUCCGUCUGGUGGUAGUAGAAUCAUCCAACGCUCCCCCAGGGGAGGAGCUAGGCGCUGCUGUGACUGGAUUGGUUGGAGACCCUGUCAGUCUACCGUGUGAGGCCUCUGGUUCACCGAAGGUUGAGGUGAACUGGGUUCUUCCUGACGGGGAAGUGGUAGGGAGUAGGAACAAGGGGAGAAGAAGGGGGGAGGCAGGGGUGACUGUCUUAGCCAAUGGUACCCUGUCUCUCCCCUUCCCUGGGCAGAGAGACACAGGACUAUACCGUUGUGUAGCGGUGAACCAGCACGGUACUGACUCUCACUCCACCAGACUGAUUCUAACCCCACGUCCUACCGACAUCUCAUCAAGCAUGAGAUAUCCCAUGAGGCCACAGUCUGUGGUGGGGUUGUCCAACAGGGUACCAGUCCCUCUAGAGGUCAAGGAGGUUGAAGAGGGGGUGUCAGGAAAUGACAAGGAGGAGGUGAACAUACUGCACACCAGGGCAGGUAACACCAGGAGGAGAGGUCUUAGACCUAAACCUCCCCUGACACGGCGCCCCCCCAUCAGAUCUCACAUGGUGAGGGUGGAGGGAGGCGGACCCCCUCAGAGGGGAAGGAGGCCCCUGAGGAGAGGCUUCCCUGUGGAGCAGAAGAGGAACAGGCUGGAGGGCCGUCGGAGGUUUAACCUGGCCAAACACAAGAUAGACCCUCAGAAAUGGGCCGAGCUGCUGGCUAAGAUACGUGAAAGGACUGCCCCUAAAAUCACAGACUCCCUAUAUGUAUCACCCCCAACUAGAGCACGUACUACCACCUCAGCCCCGCCAACUAGACCAGGCAGCACACAACCAAAGACCACACAACCAAAGACCACACUACCAAACACCACACUACCAAAGAGCACACCAGAGGUUACAGUGGGAGGAAAAUCCCCUCAACGUACUGUAUUGGAGUCAGAGGCUGAUACCACAGAGGGUUUUUCCAUAGAUGUCCCCAGUCUACAGGAAGAGGGAUUGAAUACUGUCCACACAUCACUGAUCCCAGACCUGCUAACAAAGGAUAGAGUGGCCCCAGAGACAACAAACACUGCAGAUCAGAUCAAUAACUUCCCCCAGACCCCUCAGUCAAACACAGACACAGAUACAGGGACAGGAACAGAGACAGAGAGUUCCCCUAAAAGCGCAAAGCCAACCUCCAGCAUCAAUGACAUUAGCACAGAGGUGGUCCUUAAUCCUGUAAGGACCACAGGUGAGAGGAGGAGGUAUGGAACAACAAACUCUGGACAGUUAACAUUCUCCAACUCUGUCCCAUCGCAAUCCAGAAUCCCCUGGAAUUCCAGGAGAAGGCCCGGCCAGAGGAGACGGAUCAGCAGACCCAGAGGACGACCCACCGCCCCCCAGAAUUCCCCAGGUCCAACCUCCCCUCGCCAGAAUACCCCAGGUUCAACCUCCCCUCACCAGAAUACCCCAGCAGCACUUGCUGACCCCAGGGGACUGCCAGCAGCUGCAACAACCACUACUAGAACCACUACUACAACCACUACUAGAACUACUGCUCCAUCCUCUACUAGGAUCCCUGUUCCAUCAAGCACAUCCGUCUCCCCCCCUGCUUUCUUUCCUGCCUCUCCCCCCCAGACACACACAGACUGGGUGACUCACUCAGCAAACACUGCUUCCCGGCUCCCUGACAGUACACACACAGACAAACAUACACCCACAGUUACACACAGCGAUACAGACAAACAGAGUUAUGAUGAAACAGAGGGUCAGGUCUGGGCCACUCCAAAAGAGCAGGUUCCAUCUGUCUUCAACCAACACAACCCAGAGGAUAUCAAAACAACUCCCCCUCGGACUGGAACCACACCAGGCAGAACAACACCUACGGGCACUGAGAACGAACCAAGUGAGAUAAAACCCCUCUACCCAGCUGCUGAUGAAGAACCCAAUGAGAAAGAACCACCAGCCACUGAUGAAGAACCCAGUGAAAUAGAACCACCAGCAAAUGAUGAAGAACCCAGUGAGAUAGAACCACCAGCAACUGAUGAAGAACACAGAGAGGUAGAACCACCAGCAACUGAGGAGGAACACAGUGAGGUAGAACCACCAGCAACUGAUGAAGAACACAGAGAGGUAGAACCACCAGCCACUGAUGAAGAACACAGAGAGAUAGAACCACCAGCCACUGAUGAAGAACACAGUGAGAUGGAACCACCAGCCACUGAUGAAGAACACAGUGAGAUGGAACCACCAGCAACUGAUGAAGAACACAGUGAGAUGGAACCACCAGCCACUGAUGAAGAACACAAACACAGUGAGAUGGAACCACCAGCCACUGAUGAAGAACACAGUGAGAGGGAACCAGUCUAUCUAGCACAUGAUGAACCAGAGGAGAGACAACCAGAGUCAGAAAUAAACAGCUCUCUUUCAUCUACAACACAACUACUGUCCCCAAACACAACUGAUACAGCAGCUACCACCGCAACUACUACUACUAUUCCUACAACUACUACCACUAUUCCCACAACUACUACCACAAUUCCCAAAACUACUACCACUAUUCCCACAACUACUACCACUAUUCCCACAACUACUACCACUAUUCCUACAACUACUACCACUAUUCCUACAACUACUACCACUAUUCCUACAACUACUACCACUAUUCCCACAACUACUACCACUAUUCCUACAACUACUACCACUAUUCCCACAACUACUACCACUAUUCCUACAACUACUACCACUAUUCCCACAACUACUACCACUAUUCCCACAACUACUACCACUAUUCCCAGAACUACGACUACCACUCCUACUACUACAACAGUCUGGAGGAAUCCUGGGCUAAAUGCCAUCCCAGACUCACAUCGCAGUCGCUACCGCCCCCCACCUUACCCCAACGACCCACAACACCUUAUCACUAGGCCUGACCCAGUCAGAACUCCACCCCCAAUGAAACACGCACCCUCUCUCCCACACCAUGCCAACCCCAAACUUAUUCUCCCAGACAUUUUAGAGACCCCUUCCUCUGCAGUUCUCACCACAAGAGCUCCGUCCAGCCCUCCCAAGGUCUUCCCACCCACCACAGACCCUCAGGCCGGGGUCAACACUGGCUCUACUCCUCCUCGUUCCCCUCCCCUCUCUCCACACCGUAAUGUGACUGCCCAACGCCCCCCUCAGACCCCUGUCCUGCGUGUCAGGCCCCUUAUCACUCCCCCCCACGUACGCUCCAUGUCUGUCCCAGCUGAGAGUGACGCCCUCCUGCCAUGCGAGGCCAUUGGACAGCCUCCUCCGACAAUCACCUGGAUCAAGGUCUCCACAGGAGCUGUGAUAUCACUGGACACCAAGGCAGAGCGUUUCCAGGUCCUACCCAACGGAACCUUUCUCAUCCAGAGUGUGCAAGUCCAGGACCGGGGGACAUAUAUCUGCAGCGCACAGAACUCUGUGGGUCUUGACCGCAUGAUGGUGACUCUGGAGGUCUGGUCCCGCCCACCACGCAUUCAGCUACCCACUCACAGAGAGGUCACGGUGCACCAGGGGGGAGAGGUGAGGUGGGAGUGUCGGGCUCAGGGGGUGCCUGUCCCUCUGCUGUCCUGGGUGCUACCUGACCGCUCCAUCCUGACCCCCGACCUUAACUCCAACCCUGCCCAUGGCCCUCACCCCCGGGUGUCUAUAUUCCCUAAUGGUACUCUGCGAAUUGUGGCUGUCGGCCCAGCAGACAGAGGACUGUAUCGCUGUGUAGCCUCCAAUCCAGCAGGGGCUAGCAGUCUGUCAGUCCGACUCCAUGUCUCCUUCCUGCCUCCAGCCAUCCAGCAGCCGAGAGAGGAGAGGGUAACCCAGCCAGCUGGCAUGCCUGUCUACGCCCACUGCUCUGCCCGGGGGGCCCCCGUUCCCUCCAUCCACUGGAGGACCCCAGAUGGUACGCUGCUGCUCCCCUCUCAAUUCCUCAACGGGAACCUGUUUGUCCUCCCCAACGCCACCUUGCUGAUACGCAAGCUUUCCACUAAGGACUCUGGGAGCUAUGAGUGCCUGGCGACUAAUGCAGUAGGCGGGGAUAAGAGGACGGUGAGGGUGUUGGUGACUGGAGAUGAAGGAGGAGGUGUUGUCUCCAAAGAUAAAACUACAUCCUCCUCUUCCAUUAACAGUAACUCUGACCUGAACCCCUCCUCAGCCGUCCUUAACCCUCCUCUCCGGCCCUCCUCCCCCCUCAGUAAGGCUAAGAUCCUCUCCACCUCUCCAUCCAGUUCUAUAGUUGUAUAUGGAGAAACUCUGCUCCUUCAAUGUUCAGUAACCGGCAACCCAGAGCCUAGAGUGGUCUGGAGGGUACCUGGCAAGAAACUAGUGGAUUCCCACUACAGUUUUGACAAGAGGAUGAAGGUACACAGUAAUGGAACGCUGUAUAUCCAGUCCAUGACGGAGAAAGACGGGGGGGACUAUUUAUGUGUCGCACGAAAUAAAUUGGCUGAUGACUACCGCCUCCUCCGUGUCACCGUGGUCCCAAAGCCCGCUAAACCCGCUAAGAUUGAGCCAAAGCAGCCAUCCAAUCGGAAGGUGGUAUCGUAUGGAGCAGCUUUAAAGGUAGACUGUCUGGCCACCGGGCAGCCUGACCCCGCAGUGAGAUGGAGCCUACCGGACGGAACCUCAGUGAACAGCGUACUGUUGCAAGGGGACGAGAAAGGGGGACGGAGGAGGCGGCUGGUGGUGUUUGACAACGGGACUCUGUUCCUCCCGUCAGUGGGGAUGGGGGAGGAGGGGGAGUACGUCUGCCACGCUGAGAACCAGAUGGGGAGAGACUCCAUGAGGGUGAUGAUCAAAGUCCUUACCUCACCCCCUUCCUUCCAAAGAACGAGAUAUGAGGUCAUCAAGGUGCAACAAGGGGGCGUGGUGGCUCUGAACUGUGGGGCCAAAGGAGAGCCCAUCCCUACAGUCACAUGGUUCUCUCCAAUCAAUCGUGUCUACCCUGUGGGGGGGUCCGGUCCAGUUGUAGUGCGGCCAGAUGGCUCCUUGGUGAUCCAGGGGGCUAGAGGGGCUGAUGGAGGAAACUACACCUGCCGAGCCAGCAACGUGGCUGGGGAGAGGAGCAGGGUGAUGGGGGUGGAGGUGAGCGUGACCCCACCCAGCUUCACUCUCAAUGGGACUAGUGGUGGACUCGAUGGGACAGACAGACAUACAGCUGUUGUUAGCAGUAGUGGACUCAGUACUGUGAUCACCAUCAGUCAGUCUGCAGGGAGGGUUCAGUCGGGCAGGACUGGUAAUGGUCUCAUUAAUAAUGAAGUGAGUCAUAAUGGGGUCAGUAAUGUAGGAGACCAGAGGGUCUCAGCAGUAAGAGGCCAGACAGUUCUUUUGCCCUGUCCAUCCCAGGGUUUCCCUCCACCCCGCUUGGCCUGGUUGCUGCCUGGUAACGGGGUUCUCCCGGCGCCUUACUACAGCAGCAGACUCACUGUGCACCGCAACGGAACCCUGGAGCUGAGGGGGGUGAGGACAAGCGAUGCUGGCCUGCUGGUGUGUGUUGCUCGUGGUGAGAGGGGCGAGACUCAGAUAAUGGUACAUCUAGAGGUUUUAGACACACAGGACCCACCUCGCUCCAGAGGCCCAGUGACCACAGGGAAACCUCGCCCAGUAGGCCCAGUCAGCACAGAGAAACAUCGUCCAGUAGGCCUAGUCAGCACAGUGAAACCUCACCCAGUAGGCCCAGUCAGCACAGAGAAACCUCACCCAGUGGGCCCAGUUAACACAGAGAAACCUCGCUCAGGAUUCGCAUUUACAGAGGAGACACCUCACCCCAGAGGCCCAGUCACGACUGAGAAACCUCACUUAGGAGGCCAAGUCAGCACAGAGAAACCUCGCCCAGUAGGCGGAGAUAAGAGGACAGUACCAGGAGUUUCAUUCCGAGGGGAUACACCUCACCCAAGAGGCCCAGUGUCAGAGGCAGCAAGGAGUGUCAUCCCGGAGAGGAAGCUUUUGGUCAUCAGCAGAUCAGCUUCUCUGGUCAGCAUCAUAAGCGGAGAGAAUCUACGGCUACCCUGUCCCCAGACAGACAGCCCCAGUCAGAGUUCCAGCCAGACCCAAUCUCUGACCUGGACGUUGCCCAGCGGGGGGAUCGUGUCUCGGGGCCAGACAGCAGGGACGGGUCAGUACUCAAUCCUGGAUGACGGGACUCUGACUGUGCAGCAGGCGUCUGUGUUCAACAGGGGGACCUACUCCUGCCGAUCCACCAAUCAGGACACCUUGUCUAUCCUGACAGUUCCAGUGAUUGUCAUCGCCUACCCCCCUCGCAUCACCAACGGCCCCUCUCCCCUGACCUACACCCGGCCCGGAGUUGCUGUGCAGCUCACCUGCUACGUCAUAGCAACCCCCCGAGCGACCAUCACCUGGGAGAUGCCGGACCAAUCCCAGCUAAGGGUCACAGGUCAGGCCCGUCUCUAUGGCAACCGGUACCUGAGCCCCCAGGGUUCCCUAGUGAUCCAGAACCCGACCAGCAGAGACACUGGGUUCUACCGCUGUACUGCACGGAACGCCAUUGGAACCGACACCAAGGCCACUUAUCUACAUGUGAUCUAACAGAACACACACACAGUGAGACCUGGUCCUGCUUAUCUUCGUGUCUGGAGGAGGCACACACACACACAAAUACACACAUACACACACACACACUUUUUGCCCUAAGAAACUGCAAAGUUGAGUGCAGAAUAUACUGUUCAACCAAAGACUGAUAAAAGAUAGUAAUAGAGAAUAUAAGACCAAAUGCAUUUUUUGUGUUAUGCAUCUUUUUUGAACCUUUAUUUAACUAGGCAAGCCAGUUAAGAACAAAUUCUUAUUUACAAUGAAGGUCUACCCCGGCCAAAUCCGGAUGACGUGGGGCCAAUUGUGCUCCGCCCUAUGGGACUCCCAACACGGCCGGAUGUGUUUCAGCCAUAAUGUGUUAUGCAUCUUACAGCCAUAGUGUGUUAUGCAUCUUACAGCCAUAGUGUGUUAUGCAUCUUACAGCCAUAGUGUGUUACGCAUCUU